AGAAUAUUCUCUCGCGUUCUGAGGGCUUUCUUGACUCCUCCUGCUUUCCGUAGUGAGACCGAAGGGGGCGGGACCGGCAUGGCGGCCAAGAUUCUGAAGUAUGCAGCGCUGCCUGCUGCUGCUGUUGCAGUGGGUUUGGGCUCAUUCAGGAUUUAUUCCAUAAAUGAGAAAAUAAAUGAGCAGCUAAUAUCUCCAAGAGAGUUGUCUAUCUACUCCCCAGAUGACCCUGCUGUGCGGUUUGUGGAGGAACAGCCUGGUGUAGUGCAGACAGGGCUGGGGGCCGUGAGGGUGGGCCUGCAGCCGUGCGUCAGAGCAGUUCAGAACACCUUCACUUCAGUCAAAGUUGGUAUGAUAUCUGUUUACCACGCAGGGCAAGAUACAUAUCACUUCCUUCGAGAUCCACCUCCUGGCUUCCUGCCUAGAGUGGGUGUCAUCGGUGUGUCCGGACUGGGUGGCCUGAUACUGGCACGCAAGGGCUCUCGUUUAAAGAGGAUUUUCGUUCCUCUUGGUCUGGCUACCGCUGGUACUGCAGUAUGUUACCCCACACAGACUGUCGGAGUCCUGAAGAUUACUGGUAAAAAGGUGUAUACUGUCAGUUCAUCUGUUGCUUUAAUGUUUAAAUCCAAACCAAAGGAAGAGGUCAUCAUGCCUGUUGUUAGCGUGGAGUCUGCUGCCACUGUAACAAGCUCAGAUACAGAAUCACCCGCUGAAGCACUUUCUGAACUCCUGCCCGAGUCUGAGCCGGCAGCUGCUGUUCCAGAUGAGGAUGUCACACCAGUAACACAAGUUGUCCCAUCAGUGGAUUUAGCCCCGGUAGCAGAUGUGUCAGGAGAUUCUGUAGAACCUCCUCCUGUUGUUGAUGAAGCAUCUGGAAUUGCUGCCCCACCCUCUGAAUCUGAAUCUCCCCCUGAGCCUGUUCUAGAUGCACAAUCCACCCCUGUUCCCAGACCAGCACCUUCUGCUGGAGUAGAUAUUACCCCUGUUGUGGAGUCUGAUCCUGAAAUUAUCCCAGAAGCUGCCCCUGCUGCUUCAGAACUUGAUGUGCCUGCACCUACAGUUGUUAUAGAGGAGGCCACGCCCUUAACUACACCUACUGUAGAGGAAACCACACCCCCUGAAGAUGCCAACUUAACCACAGCAGACGAGGAACCUGCUGAAGAAGCCAUUCCUCUGACACCUCCCCCAGCUGAGGAGGCCCCGCCUUCAUCUGAACCUCCUGUAGAUGAGCCAGCCACAGUGAAGUCACGUUUUGUUGCUGACCCUUCUCUGCUUGACCACGGCCAGUCUAAUCCAGAGGACGCAGACAUGUACAGCACACGGAGCUGAUUGAGUGACAGAGAAACUGCACAUAUGAUGAGAUGUUUUAAUAUGCCAUGAUUCCAGCAGCGUUUGAUCAUUUUGUGAUUAGGAUAUUUAUGUUUUACCAGUGAUGUGGAGGAAGGUAAUGUCACGUUUCUUUCUUUCUGUGCUGCCUCACACUUGUGAGAAUUUUCUUACCUCAGCAGGGAUAUCAAACACACAGAAAGCCACAUUUCUGUGUUAACACGUUAUCUACAUUUUGUUGAUGCUAUGGAGGAAAACCCAGGGUAACAGUACUUUAAUAAAAAGCCUGUGGUCCCUCA